AUGGACAGAAUGGAAAGGAAAAAGAGAGAGGGAGAGAAAGAAGAAAGGAUUCAGGAGGAAAGCUUAAUAACCGGAAACCUUUUACUGACUCCAUCGCCUCCUCCAUCGCCUCCUCCGUCACCUCCUCCCUCACCUCCUCCGUCACCUCCUCCAUCACCUCCUCCCUCACCUCCUCCGUCACCUCCUCCAUCGCCUCCUCCGUCACCUCCUCCCUCACCUCCUCCGUCACCUCCUCCAUCACCUCCUCCAUCACCUCCUCCAUCGCCUCCUCCAUCGCCUCCUCAAUCACCUCCUCCAUCGCCUCCUCCAUCGCCUCCUCCCUCACCUCCUCCGUCACCUCCUCAAUCACCUCCUCCAUCACCUCCUCCAUCGCCUCCUCCAUCGCCUCCUCAAUCACCUCCUCCAUCGCCUCCUCCAUCACCUCCUCAGUCACCUCCUCCGUCGCCUCCUCCGUCGCCUCCUCAGUCGCCUCCUCCGUCGCCUCCUCCGUCGCCUCCUCCAUCGCCUCCUCAAUCACUUCCUCCUCCAUCGCCUCCUCCAUCGCCUCCUCAAUCGCCUCCUCCAUCGCCUCCUCCAUCGCCUCCUCCAUCACCUCCUCCUCCAUCAUCUCCUCCAUCCUCACCUCCUCAAUCGCCUCCUCCAUCGCCUCCUCCGUCGCCUCCUCCAUCGCCUCCUCAAUCACUUCCUCCUCCGUCGCCUCCUCCAUCGCCUCCUCAAUCGCCUCCUCCAUCGCCUCCUCCAUCGCCUCCUCCAUCGCCUCCUCCAUCACCUCCUCCUCCAUCAUCUCCUCCAUCCUCACCUCCUCAAUCGCCUCCUCCAUCGCCUCCUCAAUCGCCUCCUCCAUCGCCUCCGCCAUCGCCUCCUCAAUCGCCUCCUCCGUCGCCUCCUCAGUCGCCUCCUCCGUCGCCUCCUCAAUCACCUCCUCCGUCACCUCCUCCGUCGCCUCCUCCAUCACCUCCUCCGUCGCCUCCUCCGUCGCCUCCUCCAUCGCCUCCUCCAUCACCUCCUCCAUCCUCACCUCCUCCAUCACCUCCUCCAUCACCUCCUCCAUCACCUCCUCCUCCAUCAUCUCCUCCAUCCUCACCUCCUCCAUCGCCUCCUCCAUCACCUCCUCCAUCACCUCCUCCAUCACCUCCUCCUCCAUCAUCUCCUCCAUCCUCACCUCCUCAAUCGCCUCCUCCAUCGCCUCCUCAAUCGCCUCCUCCAUCGCCUCCUCCAUCACCUCCUCCAUCACCUCCUCCAUCGCCUCCUCCAUCGCCUCCUCAAUCGCCUCCUCCAUCGCCUCCUCAAUCGCCUCCUCCAUCGCUUCCUCCAUCACUUCCUCCAUCGCCUCCUCCAUCGCCUCCUCAAUCACCUCCUCCAUCACCUCCUCCAUCACCUCCUCCAUCGCCUCCUCCAUCGCCUCCUCCAUCGCCUCCUCAAUCACCUCCUCCAUCACCUCCUCCAUCACUUCCUCAAUCACCUCCUCCAUCACCUCCUCCAUCACCUCCUUCAUCACCUCCUCCAUCACCUCCUCCAUCACUUCCUCCAUCACCUCCUCCAUCACCUCCUCAAUCACCUCCUCCAUCACUUCCUCAAUCACCUCCUCCAUCACCUCCUCCAUCACCUCCUCCAUCACCUCCUUCAUCACCUCCUCCAUCACCUCCUCCAUCACCUCCUCCAUCACCUCCUUCAUCACCUCCUCCAUCACCUCCUCCAUCACCUCCUUCAUCACCUCCUCCAUCACCUCCUCCAUCACCUCCUCCAUCACCUCCUUCAUCACCUCCUCCAUCACCUCCUCCAUCACUUCCUCCAUCACCU